AGACUUUCAUGCGCGCCGCAGCAACGGCAGUACAAGAGUCGACCGGCAUUUUAUCCUCCUGGGCGUGCGCGGAACGAUUUCUCAGUCGGCGUCGCUUCUUCGCGUUUGUGUUACACUACUACCUUAGAGUGCCUGCCUGCGCUGAUUACUGAACGCGCGUGUGCGAGUGUUUCACGUUAAUAAUAUAUAACAAACGACAAAAAGUCACCGUCUAGUGGUGGUCAGUUCGUUACAAUCAUGUCAACGAAAACGGCAAAGAAGGCGGCCACGCCGCAGCAGCAGCAGCAGCCCUCCACGUCGACUCCCAUCAACAGCGGUCCGGGUGGAGCGCAAUCGGCGUCGCGUGCCAGGCCCGGCUCGCCCUUGAGCCCAACGCGCUACUCAAGGCUUCAGGAAAAGCAUGAUUUGCGAAAUCUCAACGACAGAUUGGCAUGCUACAUUGACAAGGUGCGCCACCUCGAAACCGAAAACUCUAUGCUCACCCGCGAGAUUCAGAGCCGAGAGGACAAGAAUCACAUAGAAGUUAACAAAAUCAAGUCCAUGUAUGUGCAUGAGCUUGAGGAUGCCAGAAAACUACUCGACGAGACCGCUCGAGAGAGGGCUAGACUCGAAAUUGAUACCAAGAGGCUUUGGGAUGACAAUGAAGACCUCAAAAAUAAGCUUGAAAAGAGGACGAAGGAUCUGCAGGUUGCCGAAAGGAACUUGCAAAUGUACGAGACUCGCUGCACUGAUUUGCAAACUCAGUACAAUCAGUCGCAAGCUGAACGCAAGAAGCUCGCCGAACGGGAGCGUGAACUCGAAAAGGAAGUCGAACGGCUGACGGCGGUACUCGACGAGACGCGCAGACAUCUCGAAGAAGAAACUCUGCAACGUAUCGAUUUGGAAAAUCACAUUCAGAGUCUUAAGGAAGAUAUCAGCUUCAAGGAUCAAGUAUUCCAACAGGAGCUCUCGGAGACUCGUAGUCGUCGCCAGGUCGAAAUUUCAGAGAUCGACGGACGUCUUGCUGCUGAAUAUGAAGACAAGCUUCAGCAGUCACUUCAAGAAUUAAGAGAGCAGUAUGAGGCUCAGAUGCGUGCAAAUCGGGAUGAAAUCGAAAUGCUCUAUGAGAACAAAAUUAAGAAUCUUAGUACCUAUGCUCAACGUAACAGCGGCAAUGCAGCUCAAGCUCUUGAAGAACUUAAAAAUGCUCGCUUGCGUAUCGACGGUAUGAACCAACGUAUUACCGAACUGGAAACGGCUAAUAAUGCUCUUAAUCAACGCAUUAGAGAGUUGGAAAACGGUCAUGAAAAUGAGCGUGCCCAGUAUGUCGAAAAUAUGGCUCAAUUGGAAGCAGAAUUGGACAGAAUGCGAAAUGAUAUGGCCAGCCAGUUACAAGAAUAUCAAGAACUUAUGGACAUCAGGGUGGCUUUGGACCUUGAAAUUGCUGCUUACCGCAAACUAUUAGAAUCUGAGGAGGCCAGGUUAAAGAUUACUCCGAUGCCAUCUCCCAAUGUGUCAACUCGUGCGACUCCAUCGCGUCAGACGCCUGUCCGCGGUGGUAAGAGGAAGCGAACCUUGCUUGAAGAAUCAGAAGAACACACUACAAAUGAUUUCAGUGUUCAGAGCUCGGCUCGCGGAGAUGUUGAAAUUAGCGAAGCUGAACCUGAGGGUCGUUAUGUAAAACUAACAAACAAGGGUACCAAGGAAAUUAGCUUGAGUGGCUGGCAAUUGAUCCGUAAAGUUGAGGAUCUAGAGACAGUAUAUAAGUUUCAUAGAACCGUGAAAAUCGAACCUUCCGCCACAGUUUGUGUUUGGUCGUCUGAUAUUGGGGCCAAUCAUGAGCCCCCAGCGAACAUCGUGAUGAAGGGACAAAAAUGGUUUGUUGCUGAUAACAUGACGACCGUUCUUCUUAACAAUGAAGGCGAGGAAAUGGCCUUAUCAGAACGUAAGAAGCAACAAUUGUCUACUGCACAAUCAAGACAAAGAGAAAGCUUUCUGAGAAUACCAGAAGAACUUCAUCAUCAACAGAGAAGAUCAUUCUUCUUCAACCCAUUUAGGCGCCAGUAAAUUACAGCUCUGAUGAUGUUAAAUACCGGUGACCCUAAAGGAGACGAGCGUUGCUUCCUUAUGUAAAAUGUUGAAAAAAUUACUUUCUAUUAAUCGACUCUACCUGCUUAAGUUUCUGAAUAAUUGAGGCUUUUUAAGCUGUAUAAUUCAGCUCUUUUUGUUUGUAAGUUAAUGAUACAUGAUCAAGGCUUCAUUAUUAUAUUAAGUCCAAUAGCUUUAUACUGUGUUUAAAAAAAUUGUAUCUCAUUAUUUUUAAUUUUAUUUGAUGCUUGCAUUUUCAAAGCUUCAAAGAAUGAAAAAUAAAUUUAUUAAUAUACAUUGUGACGAUUAUAAGAAUCGUUUGAAAAUGUAACGCUGCUAAACAAUAAGCACUCUAUAAUUAGUGUCAAAGAGUGAAUCAAAUUGGUUGUACUAACCACCAAUGGCCUUAAUGUAAAAAAUUCAAAGCAUAAUGGACAAAUUAUUUUUUUUAGUACACGCAGUAUGUUUUUGAAAAAAGAAUAUUGAAAAUUAAUAUUCUACUAUAUUGAAGUUGCCUUUAUAGUUUAACAGAAUUAAUACAUAUUAGAGUUUUCAAUAACGAUGGAUUUAUAAAAUAUCUAUAUUUCUUGUUUGAUCCGUUGCUAUAACAUAUAGAUCUUUACUACUUGUAAGAUUAUAGAUUCUAAGAUAACUGUUUUUUCUUUUAUGACAAGGCAGUAAAUAGCAUUUGCAGUUACAAGAUAUAGAUUUUUAUAAUGAUUAUUAUUAAUUAUUAUACUUCAUAUUUUCUUGCUCGUGCGAUGUGUAAGAACACGGCAAUUUUGUAAACAGCAAGUUGUGUGUAUUAAACGUUCUAUAUGAAUUUGACAAAAGAAAAUUGAAGCUGGGUUUCUCUAUUUUA